AUGGUUGUUCGAACGGCACAACAUUUGGAUACAAUGGCAUUUUUAAUUGCUUUAGCGCUCUCUAUGGUAGCGUUGGCUUCAGCUGAAUACGAGCAAUAUUCAUCUCCUCCACCUGUAUAUUAUUACAAAUCUCCCCCCCCACCAUCUCCUUCACCUCCUCCUCCAUACUACUACAAAUCUCCACCUCCACCAUCUCCAUCCCCUCCGCCUCCUUAUUACUACAAGUCCCCUCCACCUUCCUCUCCUUCACCUCCUCCUCCAUAUUAUUACAAGUCCCCUCCACCUCCAUCUCCAUCUCCUCCUCCACCAUACUACUAUAAGUCUCCACCUCCACCAUCUCCUUCACCUCCACCACCAUACUACUAUAAAUCUCCACCACCACCAUCCCCAUCUCCUCCUCCUCCAUAUUACUAUAACUCACCUCCUCCUCCAUCCCCCUCUCCUCCUCCUCCAUACUAUUACAAGUCCCCACCUCCACCAUCUCCUUCACCUCCUCCACCUUAUUACUAUAAAUCCCCACCACCACCAUCUCCAUCUCCUCCUCCUCCAUAUUACUACAAGUCUCCACCACCACCUUCCCCAUCUCCUCCUCCACCAUACUACUAUAAAUCUCCACCACCACCAUCUCCAUCUCCUCCUCCUCCAUACUACUACAAGUCUCCUCCACCACCAUCACCCUCUCCACCACCCCCGUACUACUAUAAGUCCCCUCCACCGUCUUCCCCAUCUCCUCCCCCUCCAUACUAUUAUAAAUCCCCACCACCACCAUCUCCAUCUCCUCCUCCUUCAUACUACUACAAGUCUCCUCCACCACCAUCUCCCUCCCCACCACCUCCAUACUACUACAAAUCUGCACCACCACCAUCUCCCUCACCUCCUCCUCCAUAUUAUUACAAAUCCCCUCCACCACCAUCCCCUUCACCUCCACCACCAUAUUAUUAUAAAUCUCCCCCACCUCCAUCUCCAUCACCUCCUCCCCCAUACUACUACAAAUCUCCACCCCCACCAUCUCCUUCUCCACCUCCUCCUUAUUACUACAAAUCUCCUCCACCACCUUCUCCAUCACCACCACCACCAUACUACUAUAAAUCUCCCCCACCUCCACCUCCCAUAUAUUGAUUGACGCACUCCAUCCAGCAUUGAAUGCUAGAGGAAGGAUGUGGCAUCUAGAUCCUAUUCCAGGCGGCCAUUGUCCUCUCAUCAGUGUUAUGACUAUCAUCAAGUAAUGAUUUUAAACAAUCAAUAUUUUCUUUGAAAUAAGGCAGACAUUGGAAUAUGACAUCUGUGACAGUGCUUGGUGUAUGUAAUAAGGGAAAAGCAAUUUCUGAUACUCCUCCCACCUCCGAGGAAACCCCAUCGGAGUAUGUUCCCUACCUGUCAGAACUGCCUUUGG